AAUAGGAAACCUAUUUUUAUGGCCUGAAGAUCUGGGAAAAUGGACUCUAUCAUUUGAAGAGAAUGUGAAGAAUCCUUGUUGUUGUUGUUGUUUUCCUUUUGUGGUUUUUUUCCCAAGGGCAGGCCCUAUUUAUGACAUUGUGGGCAGCUAUAACUCAGAGGAAAAAACCCCAUCUUCUGACCAGAGAAACCAGGAAAAGAGACUUUGAGAGAUAUAGCAGGGUACAGAUUUAGGAGAGGGAAAAGCUGGAGAAUGAGGUUCCCUAGUUCUGUAUAUGAACGCAACAAGAUGCCUUGGGUCACCUCCAGCUGUGUAUGCAGGAGACAGGCCUAAAGCAGCAUUGCAAGGGCUUUAAGAACUAAAGUAAGAUAAAGAAUUUUUAAUUUAAAAUAAAUAUGGAGGGAAAAAACACUGCCCAAGUCACAGAAUAACCCCUGAGUGGUUCAUGCUGAAACACACCAAAAACCGUAAAGCAAAGGCUUUGAAAACAAAUGAGAUUGGAACCAGAGCCCACAGAAAGUAAGAGAGAGCUUAUGAUCUGCACCGAAACAAGUUGAUUACCUACUGAGACAAACAAAUUUAAAUAUUUUUCAUAGGAUUUUAACAGGACCCAGAGUCUACACAGCAAAAUGUCAAGGAUAUACUCCAAAAGUACUUGACAUAUGAAGAACUAGGAAAUGAAUGUCUUACGAGAAAAGAAAAUCAAUAGAUGCCAAUCCAAAAUGACACAGAUAUUGGAAUUAUCAGACAGAGGAAUGUAACUGAACAUAGAGUAAAUCAAUGGUGGAAAUUAUUUCAGUGCAUAAAAUAAAGAACUGAGUUUUCUGAUGUAUUGCUCUUAAGCAUGUACAUCACAGAACCACAAAAUGAACAUUUGGAGGAUAAAAACACCCCAUCAUCUACAACUCCUCAGAUCCUCAAAGAUAGUAGUAUUCAUGAACAUGAAGAAACUAAGGAAAGUGUCUUGUCACAAACAGAGGAAACAAAACCACAGAAGGAAAAGAAGUAUUCUUGUCCUCCACAAGGAAAUUUGAAUAAAGUUAUUACAAACGGAGUUGCACUUUUUAUGUUAUGGUGUGUAGCCUGGUCAUUCUCAGGCUCCGAAGUUCUCCCUGGUGGAAAUUUAUUUGGACUAUUAAUUAUUUUUUAUAGUGCCAUGAUUGGGGGGAAAAUUUUGGAACUCAUUAGAAUACCUUCAGUGCCUCAACUUCCACCUCUUCUUGGGAUGUUACUGGCAGGUUUUACCAUCAGGAAUGUUCCAUUCCUCGGCGAUUACAUCCAUAUUAAUAACACAUGGUCUUCAACUUUAAGAAACACUGCCCUUACCGUUAUCCUAAUACAAGCUGGGCUUGGACUCGAUCCACAGGCUUUGAAGCAUUUGAAGAGAGUUUGUUUAAGAUUGGCUCUAGGUCCAUGCCUCAUAGAGGCAUGUUCAACUGCUGUUAUUUCCCACUUCCUUAUGAAUUUUCCCUGGCAAUGGGGAUUUCUUUUGGGUCUUUCUAUUAGUUUUGUAGUAGGCGCUGUCUCUCCUGCUGUUGUUGUCCCUUCCAUGCUACUUUUGCAAGAAAAAGGAUAUGGUAUUAAGAAAGGCAUUCCAACCUUACUAAUAGCUGCUAGCAGUUUGGAUGACAUCAUAGCAAUCACUGGAUUCAGUGCGUGCUUGAGCAUAGCCUUCUCCUCAGGCAGUGUACUUAAAAAUAUCCUCGCCUCUUUCCGGGACAUACUUAUUGGUGUGCUGGCAGGAGCUGUUUUGGGAAUUUUUGUUCGAUAUUUUCCAAGUGAAGAUCAGACAAAACUUUCACUGAAGAGAGCAUUCCUUAUUUUGAGUAUGUGUGUUUCCGCUGUCUUGGGCAGCCAUCAUAUUGGUUUACAUGCAGCUGGAGGAUUAUUCACACUAGCGUUGUCUUUUGUUGCUGGGGUAAACUGGUCCACGGAAAAGAUUAGAGUCCAAAGAGUUAUUAAAACUGUAUGGUAUAUUUUUCAACCCCUUCUUUUUGGUUUGGUUGGAUCAGAAGUAUCUGUUACAUCUCUUAAAUCAAAUGCUAUUGGCAUUUGUGUUGUUACCAUGAGUUUGGCAUUAUUGGUUCGAAUUUCUUGUACUUUUUUAUUGAUGUGUUUUGCUGGUUUUAGUUUUAAGGAGAAAAUAUUUAUUGCUUUAUCGUGGAUCCCCAAAGCUACAGUCCAGGCUGUAUUAGGUCCCCUGGCUCUAGAAACAGCAAGCAUCAGCGCACCCCACUUGGAACCAUAUUCAAGGGAUGUGAUGACAAUAGCAUUUUUAGCCAUCUUGAUCACAGCUCCAAAUGGAGCUCUAAUUAUUGGCAUACUGGGUCCCAAAGUACUUGCACGCCAUGAUCCAAGCAAAAUCAAUGUGAAAUUGACAAAAUUAGAUCUUCAUUAAAAAGUUUAUUUGCCAUCA